CAUUAAUUUGAGCGGAAAAUAAUGAGCAUCGACGAUAUUUAUUUAACAAAACCUAAAACUAAAUUUACUAUUGAAUCAGGAAGCAGUGACGAUUUUACAUUUACUUGUGCUUCCAUGCAAGGAUGGAGAAAAACAAUGGUAAUCAAAUUUAUUAAUCUUACAUUAAGGAAGACGCAAUUAUAAAAGAAAAACUGUCUACAGGAGAAUAUUUAUUUGGAAUAUUGGAUGGCCAUGGAGGAUUUGAGGUUUCCUCUGUUGUAUCCAAAUAUUUACCGCGCUUUUUGGAAUCAAAUAUGAAAUUUAGAAAUAAACAAUAUGAAGAGAGUCUGAGAGAAUCCUUUAUUGCUAUUGAUAAAUGGUUAAUAACCUCAGAGGGACUUAAUGCUCUCGUAGAAGAAAGAUAUCAACUGCCUGUUGACGAUGGUAUAAUGACAUAAUAUCAAAGUGAUCAAAAACAUCAAGAAUUAAAAAAAACAAUUGAAUAAAGAGUUUUUCAAUUUAAGUGAAUUGGCUAAAUUGCCACCUAAGAAAAUUAUCGAAUUGAUUGGAUCCUCGAUUAUUGAUGAAAGUGGAACUACGGCCAAUAUAAUAUUAAUAACUAAAGAUUCAGUCUACUGCGCGAAUAUUGGUGACUCAAGAUCAGUUGGCAUUCAAAAGGGAAAAGCCAUUAUAAUGAGUUUCGAUCACAAACCUACUCAUGCGAAAGAGAGAUCAAGAAUCUGUUAAGCAGGUGGAUUCGUAGCUGAUGGAAGAGUCUGCGGAGCUCUUUCACUCUCUAGAGCUUUUGGAGAUUAUCAAUAUAAGGAUGAUAUGGUGAUAGCUAUCCCUGAAAUUAGAGUUUUUAAAAACAUUUAAAUGAUUUUUAUGGCUUGUGAUGGAAUUUGGGAAGGUUUAAAUGAUUAUGGCGAAAACCUUACUCAAAAGAUAUUUAAAAAUAAUAAAGAUUCAUGUAAUCAUUAUAUCUAACAUAAUUAGCUGAUGAAAAGUUAAAAUCUUUGAUGAAUCAAAUCUUAGCUCCUUCAAUGACAGAAGAAACCGUUUGGGGCUUAGAUAAUAUGUCUUGCAUUCUAAUCGACUUUAAGAAUUAAUAAACUAAAAAUAAUAAAUAACCAUUAAAAAUUAGAAAAACUAUAAAAAAGAAGAAGAAAUGA